CUCUAGGUAAACAUAUCUCUCAGCUGGUUCAGCAGGAUUCACAUGUUGGCUGGUGGCUCUCAUUUUCAUUUUCACAUACCGGCCAAAACUUGCCCACGAUCACACGAUAAAAAUCAUUGUCUGAAUCCAAUUAGGUUGAACAACUUCCGGACAACUGCGUUUCCUUUUGUUGCACACUCAACCAAACCAACUCGUCCGAUCCUUGUCACAUCAUUCUCGAAAAGCUCAUUUAUUGUUUGCGCCAGGAUUGAACCAUGGCAGAGGCAGAACCAGGACUAACUCCCUCUCAGCAUGAUGAGAUGCAGACAACAGGAGCAGACGAAACAAAGCCAAAAUUUGCAAUUCUUAAUGAUCAUUCAAAGCCCUUCACUUGGAAUGACAAUGAGAUGCUUAAUAAUGGGGCACUCGAUACUGUGCUGGAAGUACUGCAAAAGGAAGCUGAGAGGGAUGUAAAGACCAAUCGAAUCCUAUUGCAGUUAAUGGCCGACUUCGAGGGCACUAUCAGUGCGAAGCUUUUUGUCCCCCGCAUGAAUGAGGUCAUUUCAAUCCUAGAGAAUUCCUUCCUAGAAAGACUAAAAUACAUAUCGAAAUUGCGGCGAAAAGACCGGCAGAGCUCUUCCAAUGGAGUCAUCAACAAUCCAAACUUCUUCACUUCGGAUGGCCAUGGCCAUGAAAUGCUUAAUUGGGUACUCGAUACUGUGCUGGAAAUGCUGCAAAAGAAAAAUGACAUGGAUACAAAGACUAUUCCAUUCCUAAUGGAUGUAACGGCCAAAUUCAACGUGGGCAUUAUCAGUGCGGACAGUAUGGAGUUGAUCAUCUCCAGCAUAUAUGGGAACCUACAGAAAUCCUUCAAAGAAAGACAAGAGGACAUAUCGAAAUUGCCGCUAAAAGACUUGCAAAGCUCUUCCCAUGGAGUCAUCAACAAUGGAAGCGGCGAGGAGGAGAUGGAACCCAGGGACAGUCCCACUGAACCUGGAUAUAUAUCAUAAAAAUAUGUUCUCAUUAAUAUGACGUGACCCUCCCUUUGGCCGGCCCUGACCUGGCCAACUACUUCCAAUCGUCGGGCACUUCAUUUGCAAAACAUAUUAACAGAAGAGUAAAAGCAUCAAUCUGCGCUUCUGCAACCUUUAGUGCCUUGCCUAAGUCCUCACUAGCUACGGCACUUAAGAUUUUUGAGCUCACAAUUGGGCCUAUUGCAACUUACGGAAUCGAGGCUAUCUGGCCACAUCUAACUCUAGGUGACAUGAAUAAACUCGAAAGUGCUAAACCUCGAUUCCUUAAGAAAGCCUUGCAAGUAUCUUAAUUCACAAAGUCUAAACAAUACACGGAUUUCACUUUCUAUUUUGUAAGAAUAAAAAUUACCAUUCAAAUGUAAAUAAUGGCUGCAAAUGUGAAAAAUGUGGGAGGAAAAUUAACUUGUAUCAUUUUAGUGAAUGUUCUAAAAAUAAUUUAAGCUUGUCGCUUGUCUGAACGUCUGAAGCUGCGAGAAUGAAUUACAAAUAAUUAAUUGUACGUUGUAUAUUCACUUUCUUCGUACGCAGCUAACGCAGCUCGAACGGGAACUUUGCAAAGUGAAAUCCAACCUAAAUUUGAAAUAUUCUCAACAACAGCAUGAAAUUUCUCAACUGAAGCAGAGCAAAGAGAAGCUGAUGCGGAACACUUCUGAGCUAAAGGUUGAGAUCGAAAAGCUAACAGCGACUAUGCAGCAGCUUGUGGAUAGAUUCAUCCCUGAUCCUUGUUCGUGCGAUGGCCGGCGAGCGGUAUUGGCCUGGUCCGACGCCUGUUUGUUCGGCGCAGCCUCUUUUUAAAAAAUUUGAUGUUUUGCCACUGUUUUCCAUUUACUUGAUUGAGGCUUGUAAAUUUGUGCGUAAAUACCCUCAGUAUUUUGUUAAAACGCGAGAUGUGCAUGCCUAUGAGACGCGCGAAAAGUUUGAGGUGUACGUGCCGGUCCAGACGUGUGCUAUUUCGAGGCAAAAUCCGCUCAUUUGCUUGUCGCGCUUGUAUAAUAAUUUGCCUGUAUCUAUUCAAUUGGAGUUGAGAAUCCCUCAGUUUGUGGGCUUGUUAAAAAAGUUUGUUAGUUUUCACAAGUUCUAUACUGAGGAGGAAUAUGUAAAUUACAAAAAUAACUUGUAAAUAUGUUAAAUUUCUUUUUUCCCUGCUGUGUGUUUCAUUUGACAAAAUUGUAAAUGGGUGGGUCGCACGGGAGACAUUACAUGUGAUUACAUUCCAUAAUACAAUAUAAAGAACAAUAAUAAUAAUAAUAAUGGAUUCAACAAUGAUCAAGUUGAAAACAUGGAUAUAGACUUUUAGAAUUUUUGGACUAAGCAAAAUGGCAAAAUACAAAUGUGUUAAACUGAGGAAUAAUAAUACUUUUGUUGUCCCGCAGUUAUACUUGGUCGCCUAUGUUGCAAAAGGUUUUCAUUGCUCAAAAGAGAGCUAUCCGUGCGAUGGCAGGUAAAUUAUUUCUACGACAAAUGUACUAUGGCGUGCAAGAAUAUUUUUUGUGUAAAAUUGUGUAUUACAAAUAUAUUUUAAAUAUAUUUAAAUUCUGGAAUGUAUUGCCGGUUGAUAAAAUUUUUGAAAUAAACUAAUUAUGUGUAAAAUAUUUUGAUUCGGACCAUGGUGUACCGUACACCCAUUUGCAUAACACAAGAAUGUUACGACAAAAUCCUGUAAUAGAACCGAUGAGUGAGAACAAAUAUUUUGAUCGAACUUCUCAGUUCAUUUUGCCACGGUUGUGGAAUUUAUUGCCACUAGAAUUAAAAAAUUUACAAACCAAGACGGAAGUGAAAUUGAAAAUAAAAAAAUUGUACUCGUCCAUGAAUUAGCUUGUGACACACUUGUUUGUAAUAAUUCUGUGCAUAUUUUGUUAGUUGUAUAGCUGGCGAGCAAAUUGCUCGUCAGUUAACGUGAGCACCAGCCGAUAAGCUUUCGAGCUUGGCUGGACUUGUAUCAUAAAAUAAAUAAAUAUCUUAAAAAAAAAAAAAAAAA